AUGUUGCUGGCAAUUGAUGAAUCCAGGUCAUGGUUUGACAAGAAAUUUCUAGAAUCUGCAGAAGAAUUGGACAAGUUAAGAAACGAUGGGGAUUUGAUGUUCCAGCUAGUGUCAAUGGUUGAGAUUGACAGGAUGAAGCUGGUGCAGACCAGAGCCAUUCUCAACUACACUGCCAGCAAAUACAACCUUUAUGGGAAAGACACAAAGGAGAGAGCCCUGAUUGAUAUGUAUAUAGAAGGUAUGGCAGAUUUGAAUGAAAUGAUCCUUCUUCUGCCCAUAUGUCAACCUGAGGAAAAAGAUGUCAAACUUGCCUUGAUCAAAGGGAGAAUGAAAACUUGCUACUUCCCUACCUUUGAGAAAGCCCUGAAAACCAGAAUCAGCAACCUCCCCACAGUGAAGAAGUUUCUGCAGCCUGGCAGCUAGAGGAGGCCUCCCAUAGAUGUGAAAGCUUUAGAAGAAGCAAGGAAGACUUUCAAGGUUUGACAAAGAAGCCAUCGAGGCCAAGCACAUGC